UAUCUAUAUAUUCAGCUAAUGUUGUUUCAUGGGUUCAAAUUUGUUAAAUGUAGUUAAAUGGGUUUAAAUUUUUGAUUAAAAAUGUGGAGUUUUAUAAGUUUGUUUGUUUGUUUUUUUACCGUUUUGCUAAAUAGUAAAGUUGCAGCUCAAAAUGAAGAUGAAGAAGUUAUUUAUUAUGAUGUUUGCUCCAAUGAUAUUGUUGAAUUUUGGAAAAAGAUUUCAAAAGAUAAUCCUGGAAAUGAAAUUUCUUUUGAAAAUAGUAACUCUACUUUACCAAAUCUAAGUAUAAAUCAAAAGUUAAAACAAUUCAGUUUAAAUAAAAAUUCAUCUUUAAGCGAAACUACAGUCACAGAUAAACUCAAUGGUACAGAUAUAGCUACAGAUUUGCCAGAAUUUUCUUCAAUUUUGGCAUCUACUCGUUUGCCUUAUGCUGCUGCUUUGGGAGCAGUACAAUAUCCUAGCUUUACAAAACCACCAAAAGUCAUUCAAAUAAUGUAUAAUCUUAAUCUAACUACUAAUAUGAAAAUUGGUUCUCAAGUUAUAAUAUCACCGUGUGUUUUUAAAACAAAUUUUCCAAAUAAUUCUUUUGAAACUUACUGGUUAAAAGAUGGAACAAAAAGAAUCAAAGCUGAUAUCCGUCAACUGCAAGAUAAUAUCUAUGAAUUUAUUAGUGACAAUUUCCUAAAAAAUCCUCUUGUGUUAGGUGAUGAAGGAUUUUAUCAGUGUUUUAUAUUAAUCUCAGGAGAAGCAUCAGUUUUAUCAGAGAAAUUCGACAUUCAGUUUCAAGACACCGUAAGUUUUAAAAUAACCUUGAUGCAGCUCAGCAGUACAAAUUCUUUAGUACAAUUUGUAAAUGCCCAAAAACGUUCAAAAAGAAAUGUGCCUAAUCUCUUGAAUAUAAUGGAUAACACAGCAGUUACUGGAUAUUUCAAUAACAAGAUCCAAGAAAUCCUGGAAAGCAUUUUUCAUUUUAACAUCAAUUCCAAAAUUCUUGAAAUCAGUGAAGCUAUCAUCAUGCGAGUUACAUUUAUUGAAGUUGAAAAUUCUGCUAAACUGACAUUGUAUCAAGCUUUUCAGAACCUCCAGAACUUGGUAUCUUCUCAAAAUAUGGCAGAAUUAAAUGCAGUUUCAUUAAAUACUAAAAGUUUAGAUUACUGUCAUCAAGAUAUUUAUGGCGACAUCUCAUUCAAGGGUGUUUAUGAUUUUCCAGAUUCUCUCUAUUCAACUUUGGUUCAAAUAAAUUGUUCUUAUGGUACAGGGUUUGCUACUCGCUAUUGCCUUGGUAAUUUUCAAGAUGGCCCAAUUUGGGAUACACCUAAUUUGGAAAAUUGCAAUGCAAAAUCACUAACAACUCAGCAGUUGAUUGAGAUUAGCAAGUAUGCAGUUUGCACUUCCGAUGAUAAUGUAAUAGGAUGUUUGUCUGUAAUUCAGUUGGUCUCAAAUGUUCAUAACAUAGUUUCAAAUUCUUCUUUUGAAGUGACGACUCAUUUUGACAUUGAUUUCUUAGCAUAUAUUUUAAGCAAAGUGGUAACCAAUAACAACUUACAGGGUGCAAUCGCUAUAGAGGUUGCCAAGAAAGUUCUGAGUAUUGUUUCCGUAAUAAUGAAUUGUAAUGAAACAAUUAUUUCUCAAUCUGAAGUAAGUAAUUCUUCGAUAACUUUGAUUUUAUCUUUGCUGGAUUUACAAGCUAGAAGCUUGUCACAGUUGCUAAAUAUACCCAUUGGAGCUAUAUCUAUUCCAGAAAAUAACAUAGCUUUGUAUGUUAAUUUUAUCAAUGAAAAUGGAUUCAGUUUAUAUGCCAGACAAAAUGGUAAUAAAAGUUUAGAGAUAUUAGAUAACCAGAACAACAUUUUAGCUAGUGAUUUAGUUGCUUCAAUAUAUAUACCAUCUGAAGCCGUCAUGCCACAUAACGAUUUUUCAUCAAAUAAAGUUUACUCUUAUAUCUUCCGAAAGGAUGUUUUGUUCAAGAAAAAAAAAAAUUCUAAUAGUAGCAGCCUCUCACCAUUUGUUCAAAGUUUUAUAUUAUCAGCAACAAUAUUAGAUAGUGAAGUUGCCAAUCUGACAGAUCCUGUUGUACUAAAGUUCCACAAAUAUUAUGAAAGCAAUAUAACUGGUUCAGAUUCUUGCGCCUUUUGGAACAUCAAUCAAGGUACAUGGUCAACUAAAGGUUGCACAAAAGUAUCAUCUGAAAAUAAUGUUGUAACAUGUUCAUGUAAUCAUCUCACAAAUUUUGCUCUUUUACUCGAUGUUAGUCAAGAUGCAUACAACCCUGUUGGUUUGGAAUAUGUAACCUGGAUAGGUUGCGGUAUUUCAAUUGUUAGUUUGGUAAUAACUUUGGUGACAUUUAGUAUAUUUAGAAAUUUACGAAAGAAGCUUGCACCUAAAAUUCUAAUGUUUCUUUGUGUUUCAUUAAUGGGUUUGUUGGUGACAUUUCUAACUGGAGCACAAGCAACUUACUCUAGGCUUGCUUGUCGGGUUUCUGCUUCUUUAAUACAGCUAUUUACGCUGAUGACAUUUAGUUGGAUGGGGAUUGAAGCAGUAAAUUUGUAUCGUAGUUUAGUUAUUGUUUUCAAAAAAGGAGGAAAUACUAGUUUUUUAAAGAAAUCAUGUCUGUUUGCUAUUGGAUUUCCCGUAGUUACCGUUGUUAUUACAGCUGCAGUUAAACCGGAUAAUCUUGGUAACGAGAAAGUUUGCUUGGUUCAAGGCUUGUCAUUUACAUUAGGAGUUUUGGUUCCUGUUGUUAUAACGCUUUUUUUUAAUUUUUUUGUUUUGGCUUUGGUUUUGCGUGCACUGGCAAUAAAGAAAAUGGGAGAGAAAAGAGAGUAUUAUUUAAAACAAAUAAAGUUGACGUUUAUAUGUGCCGUUCUGCUUGGUUUAACGUGGGUGUUUGGGGUGCUUUCUAUAAAAAGUCUUAAAAAACCUAUGCAGUGGCUCUUCUGCAUCACAACUUCAUUGCAGGGGUUUUUCAUUUUUGUUUUUUACGUCGUUCAGAACAAGGAAGCAGUGAAAGAGUGGAGCCGUGUUAUUGGACUAAGGGUUUCUUCUAGCAGCUCUACAGCUUCUACCUCGAAUAACAACUUUGAUAGUUCCAUUAAAAAAAAGGCAUCCUGUGUCUCGAUACCAUUUGAAAAACUGAGUUAGUAUUAUAUUGUUUUGCCAAAAUAUUCGUGAUGAAAUAUUUGUUGUAUAUUAUUGGACCCUAGUAGAUUAGAGAGCGUAAGCGACAUUUUAAAGGAACUGAAAAAACAUUAAAAAAUGAGUAUCAUGGAUUUUCAUGAAAAUUAGAUUGGUGUUUUGAUUGGAUGAAAAACUUGUCUUGCGUUAAAUCCAAUGUUUCUGGUUAGACUGAUAAUGUCGCUUAUGCUCUUUUACCUAGUAGAGCUCGUUAUGUUAACAAAUAAUAUUUGUUCGCGUAUAUUCAUAAUUUAUAUUACGUUGUUUGGUACGCGCAAACAAGUUAGUGUAACUUCUUUAACACAGUUAAGAAAUUUGCUUUUUUUAGUA